AUGAUUGAGAUAACUGCAGUAAGAAAAGUGUUCUUGAUCGGGUUCUUGAUCUUGAUACUAAACUGGGUAUGGAGAGCUGUGAAUUGGGUUUGGUUAAGGCCAAAGAGACUGGAGAAGUAUCUGAAGAAACAAGGUUUUUCUGGGAACUCUUACAGAGUUUUGAUGGGAGACAUAAGUGAGAGUAAUAAGAUGGAUCAAGUUGCUCACUCUCUUCCUCUCCCUCUCACCGCCGAUUUUGUCCCUCGAAUGAUGCCUUUUCUCCAUCACACUGUUCUAAACCAUGGGAAGAAGUGUUUCACAUGGUACGGACCGUACCCGAACGUGACAGUAAUGGAUCCAGAGACACUACGAGAGAUAAUGUCGAGACAUGAACUCUUUCCAAAACCAAAGAUUGGGUAUCAAGUUUUCCUCAGUGGUCUUCUCAAUCACGAAGGUCCUACUUGGUCCAAACAUCGAAGCAUUCUUAAUCCUGCUUUUCGUAUCGACAGUUUGAAGAGCAUACUUCCAGCAUUCAACUCGAGUUGCAAAGAGAUGCUAGAAGAAUGGGAGAAACUAGCUUCACCAAAAGGAACAGUGGAACUUGAUGCAUGGACUUACUGUCAUGACGUAGCCAGAAACAUGCUUGCUCGUGCUUCUUUUGGUGAUUCCUACAAAGAUGGCAUCAAUAUCUUCCAAAUCCACCAAGAACAGAUCGAUCUUAGUCUCCAAACUAUUCGUUCCGUUUAUAUUCCUGGAUCAAAAUUUUUACCAACAAAGUUCAACAAGAGGUUGAGAGAAACCGAAAGGGACAUGAGGGCUAUGUUUAAAGCUAUGAUUGAGACCAAAGAGAAGGAGAUACAGAGAGGAAGAGAUACCAACAAGAACGGUGACUUGCUGUGCUCCAUGUUGGCUUCGAAUACAAAACAGAUAAAAGAACAAGGACCAGCUUCAGGGCUGAGCCUUGACGAUCUUAUAGACGACUGCAAGGCUUUCUAUCUAGCUGGUCAAAGCGUGACUGCUUCAUUGUUUGUUUGGACACUUGUUGCUCUAAGCCAACACCAAGAAUGGCAACACAAAGCAAGAGACGAGAUCUCUAAGGCGUUUGGUAACAACGAGCCAGGUUUUGAAGGACUAGGCCACCUUAAAGUUGUAUCAAUGAUCCUUCAUGAAGUUCUAAGAUUCUACUCACCAGCUUACUUCACAUGUCGAAUAACAAAUCAAGAAGUGAAGCUAGAGAGGUUCUCUUUACCCGAAGGAGUUGUGAUCACUAUACCAAUGAUCUUGGUGCACCAUGAUCCUGAUCUUUGGGGAGAGGAUGUGAAACAGUUUAAGCCUGAGAGAUUUGUCAAUGGUGUUGCAAGCGCAACCAAAGGAAGACUCUCUUUCUUGCCGUUUGGCUCGGGACCUCGGACAUGUAUUGGCCAAAACUUCUCGAUGUUGCAAGCUAAGCUCUUUGUGGCAAAGGUUCUUCAAAUGUUUAGUGUGGAGCUCUCUCCAUCAUAUACUCAUGCUCCUUUCCCAGCUGCAACUACAUUCCCACAACAUGGAGUUCAUUUGAUCAUUAGAAAAGUGUAGAUGAUGUAGAAGGUGGUGUAGUAAGUGCAGUUUGAAAUUUUAUUUGGUACUUUUAUAUAUAGCAGAUUAUAAUCUAUAGAUAUUACAAUGUAAACUGUUUUUUAUUACUCCUUUUAUGACACAGAAUAACAAAUA